CAUCGUCAACAGGAAACGGGGGAAGCGUCCUUGGAGAUGUUGUUGGUGGUGUAACUUUCGCAUUUUUCUCCCCUCUGCAUACACAAUGUCUGCGUUAAACAACUGACAAGUAAUCGAUAUUGCCACAGAGGCUAAUGAGAAAACGAUUAAAAGUUUGGAAGUAACCAUGACGGCAGCUGCUCUCAUAGGAGACCAGCUGAUCCUUGAAGAGGACUACGAUGAGACCUAUAUACCCUCUGAACAAGAGAUCCAAGAGUACGCAAGAGAGAUUGGCAUUGAUCCUGACAGCGAGCCAGAGCUCCUGUGGCUGGCCAGGGAAGGCAUCGUUGCCCCUCUGCCUCCCGAGUGGAAGCCUUGCCAGGAUGUGACAGGGGACAUCUACUAUUUCAACUUCUCCUCGGGUCAGUCCACCUGGGAUCACCCCUGCGACGAGCACUACCGCCGCCUGGUGGCCCAGGAGCGUGAGCGCGCCCAGCUCACGGCUGCUGCAGGAGGCACAGGGGCGAAGAAGGACAAGGACAAGAAGAAGAAGAAAGAAAAGAAGGAGAAGAAAGAGAAGAAGAAGAAGGAGCCACUCAAGACUCCUGGAGCACUGAGUUCAGCCUUGGGACCUCUUCCAUCCCCGCUGGGCAGCCUGGCUCCUCUGAGAGGUCUGGAUGCCCCUGGCCCAGGCCCACUGCCUGGUUCUGCUCCUGCUCUCCGGCGGUCCCUCUGCAGCUCUGGGGGACUGGAUCUCCUAAAGACCCCCCUUGGGGGCCCUCGGAGCAGUGGAGCAUCUAGUGUUUUGGGCAGCAGGCAGGAGGAGAGGGUGUCUCUCACUCUGCCUGGCUUUGAUGAUGAUGAUGAUGAUGGCGACAAUGAGAAAAUCUCAGAAAAUGAGCCGAGUCCUCGUGGCUCAGACCGAUUAUUGAAGAACCUUCAUCUGGACCUGGAUGCCCUUGGAGGAGGCCUACAGUAUGAGGACAGUGAAGCCAGUGGUGGAGCUCCAGCUGAGGAGAGGACAGAGCCAGAGUUGCAGGACUUGGCCCUAUCUGGAGACCACAGCCCCGAACCACCAUCCCAACAGGAUUCUUUGACGGGCCGCCACCUCCUCCUGUCCUCGCUGGUGGGCAGCAGAAACCACGUCAGUGUGGAGGCGGCAGGUCCUAUCAGCCCUGAACCUGAACACUCUGCUGAACAGGAGGUAGCAGAGGAGUUAAAUGAGGUGGUGGAGGAGGAGCAGGAGGGAGGAGAGUUGGAAGACGAGGAUGUUCAGAGAGAAAAGGAGUCCGAGGCCAGUAAGAACAUUGAGGAGGCUUCAUCCUCCAUAGAUGCUAAGCUGUCAGAGAAGAUUCUGGAUAUCAACGACCUUUCCGGCACUGUCAGUCCACUGGAGAAAGAUGACAAAGAGGAAACAAAAGAAGAAGAGGAGAAUGAGGAGGGGGCAAAGACAAAGAAGGCAGAGGCUGCCAAGAGGCAUUUGCAGGCUGCUGGCAAAAUCAAUCCUCCAUCUCCGAAAGUUGACCGACUCAUCCUCCACCAGUCCAGCCCUUCACCCCCCCUCUCCAGCCCGUGCCACUCAGAGCAAGGUGUUGGGCUCCAUCUAAAAACCGAAGACCUCGGCACGUCUCUGGGGCUACAAAGGCCUGAAACCUCCAGAGGUCGGCUGGUCCGCACUGCCAACACCCAACUCGAAGAUGCUGAACCCCCCUUACAAAACCAAGAGAGCCCACUGGAAGAAGAGCCAAGCUGGAGAAUCUGGAAAGACAGAGAGAAGAAAGAGAGGGAGAAAGAAGAAGAGGAGGAGGAGGAGAGGAAGAGGGCAGAGAGAGAGGAGUGGAGUCUGAGACAGAGGAAAGAGGAGAAGGAGAGGGAGGCGAGGAAGGCUGAGCGAGAGGUGGAGGAGGAGAGGGAGCAUCUGAUGAAGGAGAAGGAGAAGAGAAUGUGUCUCCUGCAGGAGGAGCUGAGGAGAGAAGAGGAGGAGGAGGAGAGGAAGCUGAAGGAGGAGAGCGAGGAAAGACUGAGGGCUCUGCGGCAGUGUCUCUUGUCUAAGAGGAGAGAGGAAGAGGCCAGGCUGAAUCAGGAGUCUGAUAGGACUCUGGAGGAACUCCGAGAGUCUGCCCAGGGGGAGAGGGACAGGCAACAACACAAACUCAGGGAGGAGAGUGAAGUCAUGCUGAAGGAGUUACGCAUCACUCUAGAGGAAGAACGAGUAGCGGAGCGCGACAGACUGGAGGCCCAGAAGAGGCAGGACAUUGAACGUCUGAAGGCAGAGUCGGAAGAGGAGCUGCGAGCAGAGAAGAGGAGACUCCAGGGAGAGAGGGAGGAGAAACUGAACUCUCUGAAACAGGAGGCCAAAAUCACAGAGAGGAGGAGGGAGCUCAUGAGUCCACGACCUGAACACCAACUGGCAGAGUACCACCGAGAGCUGGCUGAUGUUCUUCAGGAAGUGCGGGAGGAAGUGCAGCGCGAUCACGAGAGGAAGCUGGACCAGCUGAGGGAGGACCACAGGAGGGAGAUGAACAACAUCAGAGAGAAAUACCUGGAUGAGGAAACUGCUCAGAGGGAGCGCUUGCUUUUUACUCUGCAGGAGGACAGAGAGCGUCUCCAGGCCUCACAUGCUAUCCAACUUGAGAAACUCCGCUUGCAGCUCGACACACAGAUACAAAAGACACAGCUGACACACUCGCGCAAGGAGUCAGAACUGCAGGAUCUGGCAGAUCAGAUGGAGCUGAGAGCCAAAGAGCUGAAGAGCCAGGAGGCCAUGCUCCAGACCAAGGCAGCAGAUCUGAAGAGGAGGAGGAAGAAGCUUGGGGAGGAAGAGGACGAAGUGGACAGACAGACAGAGACCUUACCCCGGCUGAUCCAGGAGAGAGACCAGCUGAAGGAGGAGCUGGAGAGGAUGAGAGUGGAGAAACAUCAAGCCAGAGAACUCAUCCAGAGAGCGAGGGAGGAGAGGAGUGAGGCCAAGGAGGAGGAGGAGAGGCUGAGGGAAGAGAGAGACAAAGCCAGGGAAGAGAGCAGGAGAGCCAAGGAGGGCAAGGAGCGACUGGAGAGCAAGGUGGCGCUGCUGCAGGAGAGAUGCGACCAUCUCAGUCGCAGAGUCAGUGAGCUGGAACAAGGCGAAGGAGUGAGUGCCUCCCCCAGACCAGAACCUAAACAGGACAAAAAGAGGGCAGAGAAAGCAGAGGUAACGGCGCCUUCCAGUGACAGGAGGGACUCAUUGCUACAUGUAGAAGACCUGGACGACCCGCCACUCUCCCCUGUACCUGACAGCCACAGCAGCAUGGAUGAGUUCCGACGCUACAUCUCCUCACAUGGCGCAUCCAUCCAAAAAACCAAACUCUUCCUGGAGAAGGAAAGCAGUCGGCUGAUGGCAAGACAGGCAGCUCUGCGGGCGGCCCAGACCAGCUCCUCCCAGGAUCCCAACCAGGAAGGAGGGGUGACUGAGGAGAUGAUAAGGCACCUCCAGCAGGAGGCCAGAAAUGUGGUGGAGCUGCAGCGGACGGUUCAGAGAGGAAACACUCUCCUGCAGAGGAAAGAGGAGCAACUCCAGCAGCUAGAGAGCUCUAUAGCUGAAGAGCCGCUGUUUGAGGAUCUGUCUCGGCUGGCAGGAGAAAGGAAGGUGACCUUUGAUGUGACUGAAUCUGACCUCAGCAGCACUGUGGACCCACCGGAUGAGACAGGAGGUCAUCCCACUGUCCCGGACAAAGUCCAGGAGCUAGCAGAGUCCCUGCAGCAGAUCUCAGGCCAGCUCAACACCGUCCUGAGUGCGUUGGGUUCACUGGCCCAGAGGCAGAGCGCCACACCCUAUACAGCCUUCCCUCUACCUCACUCCACCCAAGCUCCCACCUCCGCCACCUCCACCUCUGCCACAGUCAUGCCCCAGAUGCACACCUUGGGGCCCAGCUCCUUAGCCCCACCUCCCCCAGUGAGACUCUCAGAGCCUUCCUGGAACUGGGCACCCCAAGGCACCUCCGCAGCCACCCCUCUCUUCAGUACCCCCAUCAGCAGUGGGCUGAGGGCCUCUGAGGACCUCAUCAACAGCCGAUGGAGCCAGAUAUUCCCCAGAGCAGCUAUGGACCCAAUCACCUCCAGCACCAUGAGGACAAGCUCAGCUUACUCAUACACUCCUGCUAGUGAACAUGGUCGCAUCCUGCGGUCCAUGCAGACGUCAGUGGAGGUAGACGGCCAGAGGCUGCAGGGGCUGAUUGACGGAAACAAGAAGUGGCUGGAGAUGCGCAAGAAAGAUACCAGCAUACCUCUGUUCACUCGCUAUCAGGCUCCUUCAACCAAGAGCAACCUGGUCCAGCUGGGCCUGGACGAUAACAACCAGAUCAGAGUCUAUCAUUACUGAGGACAUGACGCACAGUUCAGUCCUGCUGUACUGUGACAGUCACUGAGGACUUUGGAGCAUUAAUGACUGACAGGUCAUUGUUGUGACAUUUACACGCAGGGCCUUGUGUGAGAGUCCUGUACCCUCUUUGAUUCAUUCUUUAUUGAAGCCCUCAGUGCAAAGGUUUUCAGGGACAGUCCGACCUCCUCUGCUGUGAUUGGAGGAAGAGAUGACUGCAGAUGACAUGGCAGUUCAGGGAGCAACAUGUCACAGAGGGCUGAGGAAUUUUAUCCUCCAACUAAAGAUAUAGCUGUGAGCAACAGGAGACUUUUUUCCAAGCACUUCAGCGUUUACAGAUUAUAGCUCUGUGCCAGACUUGGGCCAAACAGUUUUUUUAAAUGGUUUAGUUUACUAAAGGGUUGCUUCCUACAGGGUGUAAUAAGACAAUCACAUAGAAGUAUCUGAAGGUUUAUUUUGUGUACUUACUAUCCGUCUUUUACUGAAAACUUCUCAGACAUCAUCUGACUUUUCAUGUUGUGAUCCCAUUUGCCGCUGCAGGCAGGACAUAACACUAAAAAGCAGUUAUUUACAGCUGCACAGAGGUCAAGCUUCAUGUCAGGUUACGUUUGUAUUUAUGCCACUGGUUUUGUAAGUGACUUGUGUGUGAGCUGUGUGUUUUUAAAGCAUUUCUUCAGUUUUUGUUGCCUUUCAGUUUUUGUAAAAGUGAAGCCAAUCCAUUUAUUUUACAUUACUUUUCCACAUUCCACAGUUGUUGGCACAGCAGUAGCAGUGAGCUGUUGAUUAGUGUAAACUUUUAACAUGUGCAGGCAGAGAAAAAAUGUAUUUUGUGCAUGUCUGUGUAAAUAAAUACUGUAUUUUUCUAUCAUUUUUAAAAAUAAAUAUAAUUUUAUAUAUA